AAUACGUCCAACUAAUGCAUGUUGAUCUAGUAACUAAAACAGGAUAUAUUGCAGAAGAACACGAAGUAAUAACAGAAGAUGGAUAUUAUUUGCUAUUACACAGGAUAUCAGGUGGUCCUCAGAAUCCUGUUAGACCUGGAAAACCUGUUGUACUUUUGCUACAUGGAUUGAUGGGUGCUUCAGACAUUUGGGUUCUUCGAGGACCCAGAUAUGACAUAGCUUAUCAAUUAGUAGACAAUGGAUUUGAUGUUUGGGCGUUGAAUGUUCGUGGCAAUUUUUACUGUAAGAGACACAGGAAUUAUUCGGAUAAAGACGUAAAAUUUUGGCAAUUUAGCUGGCAUGAAAUUGGAUUUUAUGAUUUACCAGCGUCAAUUGAUUAUAUCCUAUCAUUAACUCAACAAUCCAAAAUAUCUCUAAUAGGAUACUCAAUGGGUGCAACAGAAGAAUUUGUAUUGUUGUCAACAAGACCAAAGUACAAUACUAAAGUUAAUGUUGCUCUUGCAUGGGCUCCUGUUGUAAUAGUUACUCAUGAAUUACCUGGACUUUUCAUCAAUUUUAUGCUUCGCUAUGGCAAUCAAUUAGAAAAAGUAUUUCAAUUUUUCAAUUUCUUUGAAUUGUUUCCUCGACUAUCAACUAAGCAAUUGAAUACUGCAGAAUUUUGGUUAAAAUUAUGUUGGAAUCGAAGUGUGCAAUCAUUGUGUCAUAGACUAAUGGACUUUAUUUUUGGUGUAAAUAAUCUGAACAUAGACUUGCCAACACUCAAACGAUUUUGGAGUCAUUAUCCCCAAGGAACAUCCAUUAGAACAAUUAUUCAUUAUGGUCAAAUAGUUUUGCGUAGAAAAUUCACCCAAUAUGAUUUUGGAUCUGAUGAAAAUCACCGAAAAUACAAUAAUGUUGAGCCAGCAGAAUAUCCUAUAGAGAAUAUAUCAACUCCUCUGAUUAUCUAUCAUAGCUCGGGUGACGACAUUACUAAUAAACAGGUUUUAGCUAUCAACAAAUUCAUUCAUGUUCUUAUAAAAGAUAUAAUUACAUUAAGGUCAAAUCAUUUAUUAAUUAUUUUAGGACGUUGAAGCUGUAUU